AUGAAAUCGAGCAAAAUCGAUAAAGAUGAGCUGAUUUUGAUGUGUCAGAAAGAAUAUAAAGACAACAAAGCCGAAUUGAAGAUUCUUCGUGAGGUUGAAAAAGAUUAUGUAGCUGAUCAAUCAUUGUGGUGGUACACGCAAGAAUCGUUCCUCUAUCGUUUGAUGAACAAAGCUCUUCGUGUACAGAACAUUGAUUUACUCUUUCUAUUUCGAUUUUUUAUGCGUGACAUUAGAAAACAACUCGAACAACAUCGAUGUUCCUCAUCUGUUCGUCUUUAUCAUGAUCAGUUGAUCUCGAAUGAAGAGUUACAAACGCCGAAAGAUUCGAUUGGACAACUCAUUUCGGUGAAUUCUUUUCUCUCGACCAGUAUCAGCCGUCAAUUAGCUCUUUCUUUUCUCGAAUUAUCGACGAUCUCAGAUGAUUUACAGAGAGUAUUAUUUGAAAUUGAUGCUGAUCCUCGACUGAGCGGUAUCAAACAAUUUGCAAACAUCACUUCGUUUAGUUAUUUUCCUGGUGAAGAUAAAGUAUUGAUGAUGUCAGGAUCUAUCUUUCGACUUGUCAACAUUCAUCGUGAUGACGGUCGAGUUUGGAUCAUCCAAAUGACUCUUUGUGACGAUAAUGAUCACGAUUUGAAGUAG